CAUGAGAGUCCUCGGCGGGAGCUGCGGGGCGCUGCUGGCGUGCCUCGCCCUCGCCUUCCCGGUCUCGGAGGCAAACUUUUUGUCAAAGCAACAUGCUUCACAAGUUCUGGUUAGGAAACGCCGAGCAAAUCAUCCCUUUGAAGAAGUCAAACCGGGUAAUCUUGAAAGAGAGUGCAUUGAAGAACUGUGCAAUAAAGAAGAAGCCAGGGAGAUCUUUGAAAAUUACCCUGAAACGGAAUAUUUUUAUCCAAAAUAUUUAGCCUGUCUUGGCUCCUUCCGAGCUGGAUCAUUCAUUACUGUACGUCAGUCAACUAAUGCCUACUCUGAUCUAAGGAGCUGUGUCAAGGCCAUUCCAGACCAGUGCAACCCUCUUCCAUGCAAUGAAGAUGGAUAUCUGAGCUGCAAAGAUGGCCAGGCUACAUUCACUUGCAAGUGUAAAUCGGGUUGGCAAGGAGAGAAGUGUGAAUUCGAUAUAAAUGAAUGCAAAAAUCCCUCAAACAUAAAUGGAGGUUGCAGUCAGAUUUGUGAUAAUACACCUGGAAGUUACCAAUGUUCUUGUAAAAGUGGUUUUGUUCUACUUUCAAAUAACAAGGACUGCAAAGAUGUGGAUGAAUGCUCUGUGAAGCCAGGCAUUUGUGGCACAGCUGUGUGCAAGAACACCCCAGGAGACUUUGAAUGCGAAUGUGCUGAAGGUUACAGAUACAAUCCCACAUCAAAGUCUUGUGAAGAUGUGGAUGAAUGCUCUGAGAACAUCUGUGCUCAACUUUGUGUCAAUUACCCUGGAGGUUAUUCUUGUUACUGUGAUGGGAAGAAAGGAUUCAAACUUGCCCAAGAUCAGAAGAGUUGUGAGGCUGUUCCAGUGUGCCUUUCCUUGAACCUUGAGAAAAAUUAUGAACUCCUUUACUUGGCAGAGCAGUUCGCAGGGGUUGUUUUAUAUCUAAAAUUUCGCUUACCGGAUUUUAUCAGAUUUUCAGCCACAUUUGAUUUCCGGACAUAUGAUUCCGAAGGUGUUAUCCUGUUUACAGAAGCUCUUGACCACUCAGCUUGGCUCCUGAUUGCACUUCGUGACGGAAAGCUUGAAAUUCAGUUUAAGAAUGAACAUACAACCCAAAUCACAACUGGAGGCCAAGUUAUUAAUAAUGGUCUAUGGCAUAUGGUCUCUGUGGAAGAAUUAGAACAGAGUAUUAGUGUGAAAAUAGCUAGAGAAGCCAUAAUGAAUAUAAAUAAACCAGAGAGCCUUUUUAAGUCUACAAGUGGAUUUGUAGAAACCAAAGUAUACUUUGCAGGCUUACCUCGGACACUGAGGAAUACACUCAUUAAGCCGAUUAAUCCUCGUCUAGAUGGAUGUAUGCGAGGCUGGAAUUUGAUGAAUCAAGGAACUGCAAGAGUAGAUGAAAUUAUUCAAGAAAGACAAAAUAAGCAUUGUUUUAUCACUGUGGAGAAAGGUUCCUACUAUCCUGGUUCUGGAGUUGCUCAAUUUAGCAUAGAUUAUAAUAAUAUAUCAAACCCUGAUGCUUGGCAUGUAAAUGUGGUUUUGAAUAUUCGUCCAUCCACGGGCACUGGCGUUAUGUUUGCCUUGGUUUCAGGUGACACGGUGCCCUUUGCCUUGUCCCUGGUGGACUCCUCCUCUGAGAAGCUUCAGGAUAUCCUGGUAUCUGUUGAAAAUACGGUAAUAUACCGGAUAGAGGCCUUAAGUCUGUGUUCCAGUCAACAAUCUCAUCUGGAAUUCAGAAUCAACAGAACAAAUCUGGAGCUGGUGACUCCACUUAAAUAUGACAUCAUCUACUCUGAAGAUCUUCAAAGAGAAUUUGGCAUCUUGGACAAAGCAAUGAAAGGAAAAGUAGCCACUUACCUGGGUGGCCUUCCAGUUGUUCCAUUCAGUGCAACGCCAGUGACUGCCUUUUUUAAUGGCUGCAUGGAAGUGAAUGUGAAUGGUGUACAGCUGGAUCUGGAUGAAGCCGUUUCUAAACACAAUGAUAUUAGAGCUCACACAUGUCCAUCAGUUUUGGAAAACAAAAAGAGCCCUUAAGUCAUCUUUUGUCUGCUGAUAACAUCUUUUUCCUGGGUGUAGUUAUACUUACAUUUCAAUAAUAGUUGAAGGGUUUUACUUAUGAUGGGCAGACCUUAAUUAUGUUAUGGUACUUUGUUUGACCUUCUUGGAAUUUUAAAAAGGUCCUUUUUUGAGAAAACAAGAUUCUCUUGUGAUAUAAAUCACAUUAAAAAGUUCUUACCUCUGUUGCUGCCUAGAAAUUAAAUAAUGAAAAAACAUAAGAAAGUUAAUUUGAAUUUUUGCUACAAAUGACAUUUCUUCAUUUUUAUGUUUGUAAAGGUAAAUUUUAAUUGUGUCACCAUGAACUAGUGUCUAAAUAUCUAGUUUUCUUGGAAGGCAAGGAAGUAAACCUAAACAAAUGUUCAUGAGACUAAGUACUAUUGAUCAUAGCAGAUACUAUUUUGUUUUUGUUUCUUCCUAAUGAAAGCAGAAGAGACAGUGGCCUAUUAAUUUGAAUUGAGUGGGAGGCCUUACAGCUUUAUUCCAAAACAACUCCUCAGGGGCACCAGCUUCGGCUUCACCUUUCUUUCACUGGCUUCACAUUUGAACCAGUAGUUUUACUGAAUUAGAGAACAAGUGGACACAUUUUCAGACAGCAGCACAUGAAUCUUAUCAGUUACUUAUUGGAUUCCACGAGGAUGAGCUACCAGAUUGUGCUGGGAUGGGUGUGGAAACUGGGAGUGGGUACAUUCCUUAAAUUUGACUGUGCUGGUCACACAAGCUCCAGAUUAGAAAAAGUAGAACUUAAUGAUGGAAAGAAUGAAUGAUUCCAACUUUAAUUACCGGAAUUAGUUGCCAGAAUGUGAUUGUUUAUUGAAGGAUAAAGGGAACUAUGAAAACUAAAAUAGAUUUUAAUGAAAGAGUAACAACAGAGGGACAUAGUUAAUAUUGUGUCUUUGGAGAAAGUAGUUCUAUCACUCCUAAACCUGUGAUUCACAUUAAGAAUGUAUCUUAUGUUUCAUUGACAGUUUUAGAGAAUAAACUAUUUUUUCCCACUAGAGGUAUUUUAUAUCAUGUAAAACAUAAUAAAUUGCUGUAUAUUUUUAAAAUUUA